AUGGGGUGCGCGGGCUCCAAGGCCGCCACGGACGUCGCGGUGGCCGACGUCUACCGUCCGCCGCCCACCAGCGUCUCCCUCUUCGACAUCAGCGCCGUCGAGGAGCCCUGGCGCAUCGCCAAGAACAAAGUUGCCAAUAAGAAGGCGCCGGCGCCGCCGCCGGAGCUUGCGGGGCGGCGCGUGGUGAAGGACAACCCCUUUUUGAUGCGCGACCGCGAGAGCAAGGGCAGCGACGGCAGCGCGCCCAGGUGGAAGCGGCGGGACCCGUUCGAGGGCUGCCCCGAGCGGCGUCCGCCGGGCGCCGCGGGCGGCGGGGUGGUGCUCUACACGACGACGCUCCGCGGCGUGCGGCGCACCUUCGAGGACUGCGAGCGCGCGCGGGAGCUGGUGGAGGCCUGCGCCGAGGCGGCGGGCGUGGGGGCCGUCGACGAGCGCGACGUGUCGUUGCAUCCCGAGUACCUCCGCGAGCUGCGGGAGCUGCUGGCCGGCGACGGCUCAGGCGCGGCGGCGCCGCCGCCGCCGCGGCUCUUCGUGAUGGGGCGCUACGUGGGCGGCUCGGAGGAGUGCGUGAAGCUGGCCGAGUCCGGGAAGCUGAGGGAGAUGAUGCGGUGGGUGAAGGCGCGCGGCGAGGCCUGCGCGGCCAAGGACGGGCGCGGCUGCGAGGGCUGCGGCGGCGCGCGCUUCGUGCCGUGCUGGGAGUGCGGCGGCAGCUGCAAGGUGGUGGUGGAGAAGGGAGGCGAGGUGGAGAGGUGCGCCAAGUGCAACGAGAACGGGCUCAUGAUGUGCCCCAUCUGCCACUGA